CCUGUGUUCCGUGGCGCCCCCUGGAGGGAGGAAGGGGAACUGUAUCUGAGAGAGAGCAGCCCAUUGGGUCCGCUGACUCCGGCCGGGUUCCCGCGCCGCGUCCAACACCCCUCACUCCCUGUCUCCCUCCCCCACGGAGACUCAAUUUACUUUCCAUGUCCACAUUCCCAGUGCUUGCGGAAGAUAUCCCGCUAAGAGAGAGACAUGUCAAAGGGGCUGCUGCUGUUGCUGCUGCUGAGCACGGGCGGGACAUGGGCAUCCAAGGAGCCGCUUCGGCCACGGUGCCGCCCCAUCAAUGCCACCCUGGCUGUCGAGAAGGAGGGCUGCCCCGUGUGCAUCACCGUCAACACCACCAUCUGUGCCGGCUACUGCCCCACCAUGACCCGCGUGCUGCAGGGGGUCCUGCCGCCCGUGCCUCAGGUGGUGUGCAACUACCGCGAUGUGCGCUUCGAGUCCAUCCGGCUCCCUGGCUGCCCGCGCGGCGUGAACCCCGUGGUCUCCUACGCCGUGGCUCUCAGCUGUCAAUGUGCACGCUGCCGCCGCAGCACCACUGACUGCGGGGGUCCCAAGGACCACCCCUUGACCUGUGAUGACCCCCGCUUCCAGGCCUCCUCUUCCUCAAAGGCCCCUCCCCCCAGCCUUCCAAGCCCAUCCCGACUCCCGGGGCCCUCAGACACCCCGAUCCUCCCACAAUAAAGGCUUCUCAAUCCGCA